ACAUGCUAUAGUAUGACUUUUUUUCCCCGACCAAAACACAUAUGUUUUUUUUUUUCAGGAAAUACUUUCCUAAGGUGUUUUCUACCACAUGCAUUACACUAUUUGCACGAUUUACUACAUCCUGACACGUUUUCACAACAUUCUGAGACGUGACCUUUUUUGCAAAAAACGACAUGCUAUAGUAUGACUUUUUUUUUCAGGCCAAAACACAAAAUGUGUAAUUUUUCAAUAAAUACUUUCCUAACAUGCUUUCUACCAAAUGCAUUACACUAUUUGCACUAUAUGCUACAUCCUAAAAGAACACAACUCAUUUUCAUAAUAUUGGAUCUUAAGUGAGAUCAUUUAAGCGUCUACUUGUGAAUUUUUUGAAAGAACAUCCUUAAAAUUGUAUUUGAAGGUGAAGUUUGUGACUCUGGAGAUUAUAUUGUAUGGAUAUUUCACAUUUACAGAAACAGGACUGUGACAAACACUCUUCACACCUUCACACUUUAAAGUUUUAAUUUACAUCUAAAUGAUUUCCGUCCUCUUUAGGUCGAACCAUGACCGUGAGACCGACUGUGCUGGAAGACUUCAAAACGCUGGUCAGAGAACAGGGCAUGAGCGACGACACCGUUAUCAUUAAAAAGGACAAAGGUGACUGUGUUCCUGGAGAGCAGGUGACAGAGCCUACAACGAGGCCGGAGCCCCAGCGGGUCAGGAGAAACGUGCUUCCUACGCUGGCUGCUGUAGACGUGGAGGGUUCUGGUGAUGACACGCCUCUGUUCAAUGGAACAGAGGCUUGCAGAGCAGCCCCGGACACAGGACCCUGCUUUGGGAUGCUCCAGCGUUACUACUACAACUCCACCUCAAUGAGCUGCGAACUCUUCAAGUACGGAGGCUGUCUGGGAAAUCAGAACAACUUUGAGAGCGAGAGAGAGUGUCUGCAGAGAUGUCGCACUGAGGCUGCGUGCCGCUUGCCCAUGGUAGCUCAGUCCUGCACGGGGCAGCCACUUAUCUGGGCCUUCGACUCCUCCGCCGGUCUGUGUGUGCCCUACAAGAAGGGCUUCUGCCAGGGCAACGGCAACAAGUUCUACAGCAAGUCAGAGUGUGAAGAGUACUGCGGGGUGGUGAAAGACGGAGACGACCUCCCUAAGUCUAACUGAGUGACACGAGGAAACAUCGCCGCUCACCUGCUGCCGUUAUUCAGAAAUUCAAGAACCAGCAUCAUUUAAAGUGCACUGCUCAGAAAGAUGAUUUUGUCUCCGGUGAUGUUAUUUCACAACAGCUCCCCAAUAAACUAAAUCAAUCCAG